AUGGACUUACUGGGCCCCAUGGAGAUGACGGAGGGCUCCCUCUGCUCCUUCGCGGCCGCCGACGAUUUCUAUGAUGACCCGUGCUUCAACACAUCGGACAUGCACUUCUUUGAGGACCUGGACCCCCGGCUGGUGCACGUGGGGGGCCUGCUGAAGCCCGAGGAGCACCCGCACCACCACGGGCACCACCACGGGCACCCGCACGAGGAGGAGCACGUCCGGGCGCCCAGCGGGCACCACCAGGCUGGCCGCUGCCUGCUGUGGGCAUGCAAGGCUUGCAAGAGGAAGACCACCAACGCCGACCGCCGUAAGGCUGCCACCAUGAGGGAGAGGCGGCGGCUCAGCAAGGUCAACGAGGCCUUCGAGACCCUCAAGCGCUGCACCUCCACCAACCCCAACCAGCGCCUGCCCAAGGUGGAGAUCCUGCGCAACGCCAUCCGCUACAUCGAGAGCCUGCAGGCGCUGCUGCGGGAGCAGGAGGACGUUUACUACCCGGUGCUGGAGCACUACAGCGGGGAGUCGGACGCCUCCAGCCCCCGCUCCAACUGCUCCGACGGCAUGAUGGAGUACAGCGGGCCUCCUUGCAGCUCUCGUAGAAGAAACAGCUAUGACAGUAGCUACUACACAGAAUCACCAAAUGAUCCAAAGCAUGGGAAGAGUUCUGUUGUUUCCAGCCUUGAUUGCCUCUCAAGCAUUGUGGAGAGGAUUUCCACAGAUAACUCCACGUGUCCCAUACUGCCUCCAGCUGAAACUGUUGCUGAAGGCAGUCCCUGUUCCCCCCAAGAAGGAGCAAGCCUGAAUGAUAGCGGAGCCCAAGUUCCUUCCCCCACCAACUGCACCCCUCUUCCCCAGGAUAGCAGCAGCAGCAACCCUAUCUACCAAGUGCUAUAA